UGGCAACCUGCCCAGGGUGCACCCCGCCUCGGGCCUAAUGCCAGCCGGGAUAAGCCUCGGCCCCCACCACCACCACUCUCACGGAUAAGCUGGAACGGCAGAUCCAGCCUGACUGGCACCUGUCACCGCGGAGUUUAUGUCCUCAUUUAUGGAUUUCAUGUGAUUCAUACUACGACUCGUUGUUGCACUGGUGGUUGUUAAUAUAUAUGUUAUUUGUUGUUACAUUUCAUAGUGCACUGUACUCUUUACUUGCAAACAUGGAACUACUGGACUCCAUAGAAACAGUCACACAGUGCUCUCCUAAGCACACGACUGGCUGAAUGAUAUUUACGGGUGCUUCUUCUUUACUGGUCAGACACAGCGUUGCUGGCGCCGCUCAUCUUGGCUGGGGAAACUCUCUCGAGUCUCACUGAAGUCAAAAAACACGGCAGGCUGCUCAAGGCAGUCUCAUCUGUCAGACUUUCCCACAGCUGUGGGGGAGACAGAGGCCAAUCCCCGUAUGUAACGCCUCAGCUGUGUGCAUUCUGUGUGAGUUCUUUACAGCCGGUGUCUUGUUGUGUUCUGCUGUUUGACGACAGGUGACCCCAGCUCGGGGCAGUGAAUGAACGGAUGGCGGCUUUCACGGUGACUUUGUUUCUGUUCUGGUACCCACCGACUCUUCUCACGUGACCCCGCACCACCCGUUUCACUGCUACACUUACAGGACGCUCAGCUUGCGACUCCUUCCGAAGACCAGCAUGUACACGUGACUCCUCGUCACAGGUCGUGACCUUUGGGCGGACAUGGCAUCGCCUCUCCGGGUGUUUUAAUCUGCGGGCUUUCUGCGCAGGAGGCCUCCAGCCGGAGUCUGUGACCAACUAACCGAUCGAAGGGCACAAAGCAACUCUGACGACCCGCCUUUUGUUCCCCCUCCCCGGAUGUCAGAUGUUUGAAAAGAUCCCCAAACAUCCGGGAGGGACAUUUUACCUUCAUGUCGCACGCAGGCGACCGGCAGACGUCGCAGACAUCUGAUUCCGAACAUUCACUCGCGUAACGCGAUUGUCAAUAAAGUUUCGCGGUCAGGCCGCGCGCAUGCGCGCCGGCUCGGCACUGCAGAGAGGAGCCCCGCGGCCGCCGCGACCCUGCUGGAAUGUGGCUCUGAGUCCGUGUGAAUCGCUGUGUACACGGAGCCGUGGCCCUGUGCUUUCUCCUUGUUCUGUGACUCAACAUAAUGUGUCGGCGCGCUGUCCGCGUAGCUGCUCGGCUCCAGAGCGAUGAAGGACGCAGCCUAGCCCGUCGAGGACGCCAGUGACUCGGGUCGCCAUGGCCUCUUUAGCCGUCACCUCGGCGGCUCGGAGCAUCGAGAAGCAUCGGAAGUCCCUCUCGCUGCUCUUCUACCGGGCCGUGCGGGACCUGAAGCCGGUCUGGAUGCUGGAGGACAUGCGGACGAUGGAGACGUUUUACCAGGAGGAGGACGCCAGUCAGAGGGUUUACAGCCCGUCGGAGGCGCUGCUCUACGCUAUAGUUCACGACCACCAGGCAUACGCCCAGUACCUGCUGAGCCGGUACACCGACGAAGCGCUAGCGAAGCCCGGGGAGCGCUUCUGCUGCUGCCCGUCCUCCUCGCCACACCUGGCCAUGGCUGUCCGCUACGACAGGCGCUACAUUCUCGGCCUCCUCUUACAGGAGACUCACCGGACACCCGGCGCGCCGUCCUACACGGACCGAGCCGGCUGUUUUCACGUGGAGGACGGCAGAACCCCGUUACAUCUGGCCUGCGAGCUCCUGCGGCCCGAGGCGCUCAUCAUGCUGCUGGGGAGCGGAGCGUCCCCGCACGCCCAGGACCACAAGGGCUUGACCCCGCUGGAUGUCAUUCUGGAGAAACUCAGGGACUCCGAGGAGGUGAACCGCGGGGAGAGGAGGCGCUGCUUGGACAACCUGCUCAUGUUCAUGCCAAAGGUCCACUUCCAAAUGAAAGGAGCUCUGGGCAGAGAGCCGGAGCGCUGGGCCAAGGUCCUGGGCGAGGAGACCUACAGGUACCUGGCAGGAAGGAGCCCGGCGCCGCUGGUCCUCACCGCCAUGCAGACCAUUCUGCAGCAGCUGAGCCCCGCGACCUUCCCGGAAAGCCUGCGUGAGCUGCCCAUCCCCUCCUCCCUCAAACCGGCGGGUCUGCCUGUGACCCAGCGGGACAGGCAGAGGGUGGUGUAGCAUCGGCACGACGUGAUGCAUGCUCCACUGUAAGAAAACUGUACUAGUUCCGCAUGGUGUGCGUGUGUGUGUGCGUGUGUGCGCGCGUGCCUGCGUGGGUGUGUGAAGAGCCAGCUUGACUGAAAAGCACUAACACUUGAUUAUAAGGCUGCACAAAUAAACACAGUCAGGGAACAAACGAGUGAAUCACAUCUAAUGAUGUGACUUGAAUCCGACUGACAGUCAACUGAUGUAAUCAGCUGGACGCCGGAGGCUGAUUGGAUGGUAGAGGCCGCGGGAAUCAACAGCCAUAUUCUUUAACUUUUCACACUAAUUCAGGCAUUAAUAACCAGUUCGUUCUAAAGUGUUACCUACUAAUACUACUGCUGUGUAAGCCGCUGCAUCAUAUCAGAGGAGUAGACCAACACUGCGAACAGUCCGUGUGGGGUGUGAAAUGUGUACUGAUCUUAAUUUAUUGGGGUUGUAUUUAACAGUAAUGUUGAAGAGAGCGAUCUUAUAGAUCCUUUGAAAACUCUUCGGAUGACUGAUUAUUUUUAAAUAAAUAGGAAUCCAAGUGAU